CUACUUUGCUUCAAUCCUGGUGGUUGUAGAUUUUACAAAUCCAUCAAGUCUUUCGCAGCCCUCUGCAACGACUACUCUCGUAUAAUUCGCCUUGUUUGUUUCCCUUUCCGCAAAGUAACGGCGUUUAUCAAGUCUUCAUCAUGGGCAUCUUUUCCCGCAUCAGUCGCUCCUCUACGAGCCCGCAAAACGGAUCAGCGCCAAAGAGUUUCACUCGCGCCACCCCGGAAUCUGGUCCUGUUCGCGCCUUUUACAACGAGGACGACCGGACCGUAUUUGACGUCGGAUACAAGGACGUGUCCCCUGCGCCGAGAGGCCCGCAGAACGGCGCACGGCACGCAAACUUGAAUUUCAGUCUGGCAACGUAUCAUCCGGCAGCCACGCCCGUUAAUUGCAGCACCGUGAAGCGUUAGAGUGUCAAAAGAUGGGAGGCGAGGUGACUGGUAUCGUCGUUUCGGGAAAACUGGACGCUCUGUGCGAAUGACUAUGAGGGUAAUGGGUCAUACAACGUGAGAUUGCAUAUCACCAUGUCAAGAUGAGAAGAGUCAAGAAGAUG